CUGACGCUGAGUAAUUCUUUCUCUAAAACACUGAGUAAUUCUCUCUCUCUCUCUCUCUAAAAGACUAACUCUCUCUCCAACGGCCCAUCGAACACCAAGAUAGGCUUUCUCUCUCUUCUCUCUCUCAUCAAAUAGCAAAUUAUACUCUCUUUUCUCAGAUACCAAAUACACAGUAGCAGUCUCUCUCUUUCUAAACAAAUGCUCUGGUGAUGUGAUGUGCCUUUGGGUUAUGAUCAAGAUUUCUUUUUUACGAUCAAAAUUUCUUUUUGGGGUGAGAUUCGUCCCUAAUUCAUCUGAUUCACUAGAGUUUCUUGAAACCUUAGUGAUCAGAUUGAUCAGAGUCAGGGUUUCCGCUCACCCAGAAAAGGAACUUAGGGUUUUGGAUUCAUCAGCCAGAACCUAAAGAUUGGUUUGUUCCAAAUUAGGGUUUUGUGAAACUCAAUGAUCCAUGAUUUGCCCAAAUUAGGGUUUCUGAAAUUCAAGGAUCCAUGAUUUGCCCUUCAUUCUAGGGUUUCUGGGCCUUGAAUUUGGAGGGAAGGAUGCAGGAUAUCUUUGGUUCAGUUCGUCGAUCUCUAGUUUUCCGAAGCUCUGAUGUUGACGAAGGGGGCUUGAUGCGAGGGAUUGGAGCUUGUCUUAGGAAAUCGAGAAUUGGGUUUCUCCCUAAAGCUCAUAGUAAUGUACCUAUGAUCAGAUGGAGAAAGGGCGAGCUUAUAGGUUGUGGAGCCUAUGGCCGAGUUUAUAUGGGAAUGAACCUUGAUUCUGGAGAGCUCUUGGCUGUUAAGCAGGUUUUGAUUGCCGCAAAUGGUGGGUCGAAAGAGAGAGCUCAAGCUCAUAUCCGAGAGCUUGAGGAAGAGGUCAAAUUGCUUCGAAAUCUCUCUCAUCAGAAUAUAGUGCGUUAUCUUGGAACGGAUAGAGAGGAGGAAGCACUGAAUAUUCUUUUGGAGUUUGUUCCUGGAGGAUCUAUAUCUUCACUUUUGGGGAAACUUGGUUCUUUCCCUGAAACUGUUAUCAGAAAAUACACAAAGCAGCUGUUACAGGGACUGGAAUAUCUCCACAAAAAUGGGAUAAUUCACAGAGAUAUAAAGGGUGCAAACAUCCUUGUAGAUAAUAAGGGAUGCAUCAAGUUGGCUGAUUUUGGUGCAUCUAAAAAAGUGGUGGAAUUGGCAACUGUGUCGGGUGCGAAAUCAAUGAAGGGUACUCCAUAUUGGAUGGCACCAGAAGUAAUAUGUCAGACAGGGCAUAGUUUUUCUGCUGACAUAUGGAGCGUUGGAUGUACUGUGAUUGAGAUGGCGACUGGGAAACCUCCAUGGAGCCAGCAGUAUCAAGAGGUUGCUGCUUUAUUCAUUAUUGGUUCUACAAAGUCGCAUCCACCCAUUCCAGAACAUCUCUCUGAGGAGGCAAAGGAUUUUUUGUUGAAAUGUCUACAAGAGGAACCAAACGUGAGGCCAACUGCUUCUGAAUUGCUCCAGCAUCCAUUUGUAAUUGGUGAAUGUGAGGAUCCCCUCCCAUCUCGGACAUCAGUUAUGGAGCAAUCUGUGAAUUUGUUGAGGCAGUCUGGGAUGUACCUGAAGAAUUCGUUUAACAUGAUGAGUAGGCCUAGUGCAAUGGGAAGCUGGCAGGAUGUUCCGAACCUUGGAAGUGUAAGGGCCUCUGCUAUAUAUCCAAAUAAAGAUUCGAGAAUGGGAUCAAUUUGGGAAUCUGGUACCAGUGGGGAUCUAUGCCGGAUUGAUGACAACGAUGAGGAUGAUCUAGUGAGGCUGGAUUUUUCUCCAGAUAAAAAUGAGUCUACAAUGAGCUGUAAUCCCAUGUCUGAGCCCCAAGAUGACUGGGAGAGUAAGUUUAAUGAAAGUAUGGGACAGAGACACUUGGGUUUAUCCAGGACUGGUAAAUCGGUGGUGGAUGCAAGAACUUCAGAAGCAGUUCAGGCUGUUAAAGAGAGAAAUGACAUCAGAUUUUCCACUACACAGGCAUUGUAUGAAGAAGAUGAUGAAGUCACAGAGUCAAAAAUCAGUGCCUUCUUGGAUGAGAAGGCUCUGGAGCUGAAGAAGCUGCAGAAUCCACUCUAUGAAGAAUAUUACAACACCAUUAAUGCUGCCUGUUUAGGUGGUGUGGAGAAUCGCUAUGAAACAUGCGUUACUCCUUCUAAGCUGCCCCCAAAGAGCAAGUCACCCAACAAGGUGACUAGUAUCUCUCCUGGGGGGAUGAGCGAUCGCACAAGCAACAAUUCCUCUGGUAUUUCUAGUAGGAGAGUUUCUUAUUGUGGAAACUAUCAAGCAAACAAUACUAGUGCUCUGAAAGAGGUCCCCUCCCCUAAGCUUAAUGAAUGGAAAGGCUUUUACCAUGGUGGUCAGCAAAAUUCAACUGGCCCAAGUGCGAGCUGUUUUGAGAUGCAGCGGUUGUGGAAAGAAGAGCUGGACCAGGAGCUCGAGAGAAAACGAGAGGAGAUGAAGAAACGACUGGCUGCCAAUGGUGGGAAGUCAUCCUCUUCACCAAAGGACAGAAUAUCAAACCGAAAUAGAGAUCGUUCAAUGUUUGCAUCUCCAGGCCAGGCAGACGGAUGAUCCAAACAAGCAGCAGGAUCAUGAAAAACCUCUCUCUCUCUCCCUCUAAAGUUUUACUUCGGCCCUGCAGCAAAAUGCCCCUGUUUAUUUCCAUCAGCUGGCAUGAUCAGUGGCCUAGCAAAAUGCAGCAUGUAGUAUAAUUGGCGGGUUCUGAAAAUUUGUCCAAGCCAUACCGCGGCUCCCUCACCAGAUAUAAAAGAAAUGCUAUUGUUAUAGUAUGGCCAGUUACAGUUUUGUUUGGUUGGUUUUGCAAGGAAUGUUGUACGGUCCCUUUUGUUCUUUGUUAUUCAUAUGUGGCUUUUUGGUUUGUUAUCACUUGAACUGGGUUUGGUGGCUUCUUCCUCCCUGUAUACUUCUGCAAAUUUAGUGACUGUUGUUUUAGUUUUACCUGUUCUCCCGAGCUUAAAUGUUGGAGAUGCAACAGAGCUUGUUCAAUU